AUGGCCUUUGAAGAGCUCCUGGUUCAAGUUGGUGGCCUGGGGAAAUUCCAGACCCUUCAGAUGGUUUUAAUUCUUCCCAUUUUAAUGAUAAUAAUCUCUCACUUACUGUUGGAGAACUUCACUGCAGCCACCCCUGAUCAUCGCUGCUGGGUCCAUAUUCUCGACGACACCAUCUCUGCUAAUGCCACAGAGACCUUGAGCUACGAUGCCCUCCUGAGAAUCUCCAUCCCACUGGACACAAACUUGAGGCCAGAGAAGUGUCAUCGCUUUGUCCACCCCCAGUGGCAGCUGCUCCACGUGAAUGGGACCCUCCCCAACAGGAGUGAGCCACACACAGAGCCCUGCAUGGAUGGGUGGGUGUAUGAUCAAACGUACUUCCCAUCCACCAUCGUGACCGAGUGGCACCUCGUGUGUGGUUAUCAGGCAUAUAAAUCCGUGGCUCAGACUGUGUUCAUGGCUGGAAUGCUCGUGGGAGGCUUCGUAUAUGGCCAUCUCUCCGACAGACAAAGGGAAAGUAUAGUUCAGCGCCUGCUGAGACACUGCAGCCGGCAGCUGGCUGUGAGCAUCAUGCCCACUGCUGCACCGCAGAAGCAGGCUGUGAUCUGUGACCGGGCAGCCCGUGGGGGCCACUGUGCAGCCAAGCACGAAGGCACUAACUUGGGCAUCUGCCCCUCUUUUGUCCACUGCAGAUUUGCAAUCACAAUACCCUUUUAUGGCAUCAUGGUCAAUCUGCAGCACUUCGGGAGCAAUAUUUUCCUGUUACAGGUCAUCUUUGGAGCUCUAACGGUCCUGGCCCGCUGUCUUACACUCUGGGCACUGAGUCAGAUAGGCCGUCGAUUAACCCAGACGUUUACUACAUUACUGCUGGGACUUUCCAUCUUGGCCAACACAUUCGUGCCUCCAGAAAUGCAGACCCUGCGGGUGACUCUGGCUUGUGUGGGAACAAGUUUAAGUUCUGCUGCUUCUUCCAGCUUUUCCAUUCACUUGGUUGAACUCAUCCCCACCAUCCUCAGGGCAAGAGCUGCGGCCAUGGAUGCCAUGGCUGCAAGGUGUGGGGCGACCCUGGCGCCCCUGCUCAUGCUGCUGGUUGUGUGUCACCCCACUCUGCCCUGGAUCAUCUAUGGCGUCUUCCCCAUCCCAGCCGGUCUCCUUGUCCUCCUCCUGCCUGAAACCAAGAACCGGCCUUUGCCUGACACCAUCCAGGACGUGGAAAAUCAGUGA